CACCUGAGUGUUUUUAGCCUAGCACGAAUCAAGCUAAAAAAAAAAGGUUACACCAUUAAUUUUAGCCAAGUUUCAUUUGCUUCAUAUGUAAGGCUUCGCCUCCCACCCCGACAUGGAGUCGUUUACAAUCCUCGGCAGUGUUCUUGGGUGCUCUGUUUGCGUUGCAGUAGGCGGGCUCGUGUUUGCUGCCUACAAACUUGGCGUUUUUUACCAAUUGUUUCACAAGACGGAGACAAAGAGCCCCCGGCAUGGAGGCGAGAGUGUGGCAGAGGUUCUCCGGGCUCAUGGAGUCAAGUUCCUCUUCACCCUUGUUGGUGGGCACAUCUCGCCUAUCCUGGUGGCAUGUGAGAAGGUUGGCAUCCGCGUCGUGGACACAAGACACGAGGCCACGGCUGUGUUUGCUGCUGACGCUGUGGCGCGGCUCUCAGGUACUGUUGGCGUCGCUGCAGUGACUGCCGGCCCCGGCCUGACCAACACGGUGACGGCUGUGAAGAAUGCUCAGAUGGCUGAAUCUCCUCUGCUGCUCCUAGGAGGAGCUGCUGCUACACUCCUACAGGGUAGAGGAGCGCUGCAAGACAUCGACCAGAUGUCCCUCUUCAAACCUCUCUGUAAGUUCUGCGCCUCCAUCCGGACGGUUCGAGAGAUCGUGCCCACACUCAGGAAGGCCCUGGCCAUCGCUCAGUCCGGAACACCUGGUCCUGUUUUCAUCGAGUUCCCCAUUGACACACUGUACCCUUACCACCUGGUGUCCCAGGAGUUCGCUGUGAAGAACCCCCCCAAAGGCCUGAUGGGAAAGUUUGUCUCCUGGUACCUCAACAACCACCUCAUGAACCUUUUCGCUGGAGCCUGGGAGACCAGAGAGGUUUCUCCGCUUCCUGUCCACGUCCCUCAGGCCACAGACGAUCAGUUACAGAAGUGUAUCGAGCUGCUGAGCCGGGCCAAGAAACCCGUCAUUCUUCUGGGAAGCCAAGCAACGUUACCGCCAACACCAGUGGAGGAUAUCCGAAAGGCUUUGGAGGACCUGGGUGUCCCCUGCUUCCUGGGGGGAAUGUCUCGUGGCAUGUUGGGUAAAGACAGCCCCAUACACAUUCGACAGAACCGACGAGAUGCUCUGAAAGAGGCCGACCUGGUCCUCCUGGCAGGCUACAUUUGUGUCGUUCAUCCAAGAGUACUUGGGGUCACAGGUCUUUGUUAUUUUGGGGGUCAGAAGCUAAAAGGUUUUGGAUCCACUGGAGUGGACUGGACACCAGUUAUAGCUGUGGUGGGAAACGACGCAUGCUGGAGUCAGAUAUCUCGAGAGCAGGUCCCCAUCCUGGGCAGCAACGUGGCAUGUGGCCUGUUUUUCACCGAUUAUCACACUGUGGCAGAUGGUUACGGUGGGAAGGGCUACCUUGUAGGACGAGAGAACGGGGAGCAGCUGAGUGACAUCAUCAGGAAGGUUCAGAAGGAGACCAGAGAGGGCAGAGCUACGCUCCUCAAUGUUCUGAUCGGGAAGACCAACUUCAGAGAGGGCUCCAUCUCUGUGUAGAGCUGCUGAGGACUUUCUUUUAAGUUUGUCUUCUUUUAUGAACUGUCCCAUUCUGCAAGGGGUUUCAGCUUUUAAAGUGAACCUUAAAGCCAUAUUUUAAUUGAAGAUAAAUUAUUUUCUGAUCUUCAGUAAGAGAGCCGUUAUUUACAGUAAGUUCUCGUCAAGACUUUAUCAGACUACACAAAAAACUAACAUUUUGACCCAUUAUUUCUGUGUAUUAUUACACUACUUCAGACCUGCCGCUCUCAGACUCAUGGCGAAAAAGAAAUUAUGCAUUUAAAAAGGGAAUGUGGGAUUAUUAGGACUCUUCUGUUCGUUUAUGGGUUUUCUCUUGUCAAGAUUAGACCUUUGGACAGCCUCUUACAGGUUUGGUAAAUAAACCAACAACUGGACUCACUCAUGAUGAUGGCAGUGAUUUUAUGUGACCACAAAACUUCUUGUGUAGAUCCAGGACUUGUUUAAGCCAUCGUGUCCUGUGGCGGCGGAUUGUUGGAAGUUUGGAGCGAUGUCUUUGAAUGCUGCUCUUUGCCUUUACAUGUUUGUUUGCAUUUUUUAAUGCUUUGCUG